GGGCGCGCGGGCAGUGACGUUUCUCCAGUGCGCCGCUGAGGGCCAGGCGCCGUUCCUCCGCCAUGAGGGCCGCGCCGAGCCGCGCCAAGAGCCCCGAGGCGGCCGCGCCGGCUUUCCCUAUGUCUAGCUACCUGCUGGCUAAUUUAAAGGCUGACUGUCUGAACAAGCCUUUUGCUCAGAGGUGCCAUGAUCUCAUGACAAUCAUUGAAGAUUUUCCUGCCAAGGAACUGCAUGCCGUCUUCCCUUGGCUGGUGGAGAACAUUUUUGGCAGUUUAGAUGGCGUCAUUUCCGGGUGGAACCUCCGCUGCCUGCAAGGCAGAACAAACUACACCGAGUACAAUGUGGCCCUGGACUUCCUGUCCCCUGGAGGCCCCAUGAUGAAGCUGGUCUACAAGCUCCAAGUGGAGGAAUACAGAUACGAGUUCCCCGUCUCCCACCUUCCUGGUCCAGUGAAAACUUCAAUUCAAGAACGGAUUUUACCAGAAUGUUCAUUAUAUCACAACAAAGUCCAGUUCCCUCCCACUGGGGGCCUGAAUUUGAACCUGAUUCUUAAUCCGUAUGAAUAUUACAUGUUCUGCUUUGCCAUCAGCCUCCUUACCCAGAGGGGCAUCUCCAGCACCUGCCCCAUCAGCAUGUCGAACAGCGCUUACUUCAUCCUAGUGGACCGGUACCUGAAGUGGUUCUUGCCCAUAGAAGGGAGUGUCCCUCCCAUCCCUUCCUCAGAGCCUGGAGGGGUGGUCCCUUCACCUGCUCCCCGCUCUCCCACAAUGCCUUUCACCUCCUACGGGAUGCAUCCCACCAGUCUUCUGAAAAGGCAUGUCGCUCACCAGACUUCGGUGAACGCAGACCCUGCUUCCCAAGAGAUCUGGAGGUCGGAAACAUUGCUUCAGGUCUUUGUGGAGAUGUGGCUCCACCACUAUUCGCUGGACAUGUAUCAGAAGAUGCAGUCUCCCCACAUCAAGCUGGAGGUUCUCCACUACCGGCUCUCUUUAUCCAGCAUCCAUCCUGUCCAAUCCAGCCACCAGGCCCUCCAUACAUAUCAAGAGUCUUUCAAGCCCACCGAGGAGCACGUCUUGGUUAUCCGGUUGCUUCUGAAGCACCUACAUGCCUUCAGCAACAGCGUAAAGUCAGAGCCGAUUUCUCCUUCAGGGCAUUCCCACACCGCCAGUCCACUAGAGGAAUUCAAAAGGAUUGUGAUCCCUCGGUUUGUUCAGCAGAAACUCUACAUAUUUCUUCAGCACUGCUUUGGUCACUGGCCUCUGGAUGCAUCUUUCAGAGCUGUUCUGGAGAUGUGGUUAAGUUACUUACAGCCUUGGAGAUAUGCACCGGAGAAGCAGCCGCCAAGCGCAGAGGCCCCACCUCGUAGUGUAUCAGAGAAAUGGGAGCCUUUUAUCCAGGAGAACCUGCUGCUCUACACAAAGCUCUUUGUCAGCUUUCUGAACCGAGCUCUCCGCACAGACCUGGUCAGUCCCAAGAAUGCCUUGAUGGUGUUCAGGGUGGCCAAGGUUUUUGCUCAGCCCCACCUGGCUGAGAUGAUCCAGAGAGCAGAGCAGCUCUUCCUGGAAGCCGAUCUGAGCCUUCCCCACCGCCAGCACCGCCUUUUCCUGACUCCCUCGCUCGGAGGCAGCUUCCUAUCAGGCCGGGCUCUCACCAUCACGGACGCCUCCUUUAAAGUGAAAAGCCACGUCUACAGCCUCGAAGGGCAGGAUGCCCAGUACAGGCAGAUGUUUGGGACAGACGUCAGAAACCUGGUGCUGCGGCUGGCCCAGCUGAUUGGCCAGGCCCAGCAAUCAGCCAGGUCCCUCUCAGACCGUUCAGCGGAGGCCGGCCCCAGCCACUCCUUCCUCUCCUGGUUCUGGUUUGGUUCAAGUGACUUGAAUGGCUCCUACCUGGGGAACGACAUGGAUGAAAUGGGGCAAGAGAGUAUACGAAAAACGGACGAAUACUUGGAGAAAGCCCUGGAAUAUUUAUGUCAGAUAUUUCGGUUGAACGAAGCCCAGCUGAGCCAGCUGAUCCUGAACAGGGGAGGGGCUGCAGAGGAGAAUGGGAAGAUGUUGCUGCCAGACUGCAUUGAGGAUGAAGAUGGGCUAACGCUCACACCUCUUGGGAGAUACCAGAUCAUCAACGGCCUGCGCAAAUUCCAGAUAGAGUACCAGGGCGAUUCAGAGCUUCAGCCAAUCCGAAGUUACGAAAGCACCACCCUGGUCCGGCUGCUUUUCCGUCUGUCUUUGGCCAUUAAUGAACGCUUUGGAAGUCAGAUGGAGAGGCUCUGUGCCAGAGAAGAUUUCCUUGGCGGUUUCUGCCGGUAUCAUCUUACCAACCCGUCUCUGGUGGCCAAUUCCCAGCGCAGCACACACACCAAGUGGCAUUCAGGGCGGAUUCAGCAGCCCAGAGUCAGCUUGAGGUUUCUGGCCAGCUACAGGACUCUCUUCUCCAUCCUGAUAGUUUACGUCAUGGCUGCCUGGUUCUGCCUUGGACCAGUGGCCUGCACCUUCGUGCUCUUCUUGGUAUACCUUCUCUUUGCCUGUGUGAUGACUGUCUUGACUGAGAAAAGGCAGUUUCAUUGACAGCAAAAGUUGCCCAAGUAAGCCCUGUCUUCAUCUGGGGGUAGACUCUCCUCGGGGCUGAAGGUCUUUUAAAUCACUCACUGUGUGUGUAAUUCUAUGCCUGUCAGACUGUUGCUGUUUAUACAUUCUAUUUUGAUAAAAGUUUUUUUAAAAUAAGAAAACACUGUGAUCUUGGGAGACUCCUGGUGGCAUGGGGAAGUCAAAAGAAGCAGGGGCCCUGAGAUGCUGUGGUGUCCCCAGUGUGGCAGGGCUGCUUGGGCUGUGCCAGCUUCUGCAGCCGGGCCCCCAUCCAGUGCCCAGGGCAGCCAGCUGUUGUGUCCGUGUCCUUGCAGAUCAGCAGGCUUCAUUUUGCCCUUUGAGGACCCAUUCACUUGCACAAGUGGUGCUGUGGCUCGCAGUAGAAGCGUGGGGGUACUUUGCUGAACGGUGGGGCCCAUCUGUCGGCUGUCCCAAUGUGGUCAGUUACAAAAGAUUGUAGGCCCAUAAGAAGUGAAGCUGGAUUUGAGGUUUCCAUGUCCCCCAUUGAGAAGUGUCCAGUUUUAACAGAUUGUUUUAGGAAACAGUCCCUUGUCUUUGCAGUUGGCAUUCCAGUGUUUCUCAUGAGACAGCCUGAGGCUUGAUUUCAUUUCUUCAUGGUAUCCCCUGGCAAUCCUCGCUCUCAUACACCCAAUGCCCUCCACCCCCUUUCAAUGGCAGGCUGCCAACAGCAAACGCGAUGUAGUCUAGCAUAACGGCACCCUCAUUCGUCAUAAGGAGAGGGGGGCUGAAUGAAGAGAAAAUAAUUAGUGACUGAAAAAGGGGCAAACCGUGGUGAUCAUGAAGAAGGAUUUUUUUUUACAUAAAUUCUAGGCUUCUGUUUGUAGAACAAGCAUAGAAACAAGACUAUUUUUUUAAAAGUCUUUAAGUCCAGCGGGCAAGGUGUGGCAACAGCAUUCCUCCCCACCACCACCACCUACCCAGAGAAAUGAAGGUUUGAUUGCCUGGUGAAGGCAUAUUGUUUUCCUCUCUGGCUCAGAGAGAAGGAAAGUUUCCACAAGGUGCCUUCACAGGUCUAAAGUAAUUCUACCUGGAGCAGAUCAUCCAAAGAGCUAAGCAGGAGGGGCCAUGGAGGCUCCGCAGAAUUGCAAGCCUUGGAGGGGUGCAACUGCGGAGUUGCCCUUCACCUGGCUACAAACCUGCAUGAAAGUGGGUUGGUCCAGCCAUGAAAUGAGGCUGUGGUUGCAGUUGAACAUCAGCCUGCAAGAGGCCAAGAAGGAGCAGAGUCAGGCAGUGUCUCCGGACAAUGGAGCUGCCCUUCCCUGGGAGGACAACCUGAGCCAGGGUUGGACCCCGAGGCUUUCUGGGCAGUCCUUUUCAGCUUCAAGGGCUCCACCUAAGACCUUCACCUCGGCUGCACCCGGGCAGGGAGUCCUGCCAGAGGUUUUCGGAGCAGGGAAAGGCCAGCGAGGAGUCU